GCACACAGCACCUCGCCCGCGGAGGGUUGGCACGCCCGGCCGGGCCCCCGGCCCCCCCAGCUCCGCCCGCAGAUGGCCCAGCCGCAGGACCGGGACAGGGGCACCCGGCCCGUGCAGGAGGAUCUGCUCCUAGCUGCUGCCUAUGUGUAUGAUGCCCAGUAUAAUCGAAACAUCCCAUUUGAAACCACCCCUCAAGCCAUCAGACUUUACUAUUUUUACAACCACUGGACGAUGCAAGUAGCCACGUACUUCUUUAUUUUUGUAAACCUUUCCCUUGCUCUGUUUGAGGAACCUGCUGUGUACCCAUUACCUUUCUUGGCUACCUCAUUGGUAGAAUUGGUAUGUCUCUCUGCAUUCUUUGGGCGGCUUGUCCAGUUUGCAAAAGUCACUCCUCGCACGGUGUUUUGGAAAGACACCAAGAAUAUCUGCGUCAUGCUGACCAUGGUGCUGACCUUAAUUGACCUGAUUAUCUAUGCAGCUCUCAAAAUCUCUGGAAUCCACGGAAUUAGGUGGUCAAGAUGCCUACGACCAAUCUUCUUAAUAAACUUCCCCGAGAGUCGUCAGAUUCGAAGAGCCUUCCGAAGUAUCCGGAACACUUUGCCAGAGAUCCUCUAUGUCUUUCUCUUGUUUAUGUUCAGUGUAUUGAUGUUUUCACUCAUGGCUUUGAAGCUGUUUGAGGAUAGGAAUAUUAAAACCGUGGACGGGUUGCCUUACUUCACAAACUACCUCGAGAUAGUGUUCGAUCUGUACGUGUUGGUGACGACGGCCAACAGCCCAGAUGUCAUGAUGCCUGCAUAUGACUUAAAUUGGUGGUUUUCCAUCUUUUUUAUAAUCUAUGUCAUUAUCAACACCUACAUCUUCAUGUCUGUUUUCCUAGCUGUGGUAUACAACAAUUACAGGAAGCAUUUAAAGAAUGAGAUCCGCAAACUGGCUUACAUGAAACGCCACAAAAUGAUAGAGGCGUUCAACAUCCUCAAGGCCAAGGAGGGCACAGAAUUUGUGGUCAAAGAAAGUCAUUGGAAACAGUUAGUAGAGAUAGUGGCCCCAGAUAUCAGCAAAUCCCACCAAGACUUACUGUUGAGAAUAUCCGAUGAUGAACAGAAGGGACACGUGGACAAAAAAUGUUUUUUACGCCUGGCUGACCUCCUGAACAUCCAAGUGGUUACCAUGAAAAUUAAACGCCAUCCCCUGGCCGUGUGGAUGCCCCGGGUGUAUGAUUCCAAAGGAAGUCUUUUUAUUCGCAAGGUGGUGCGAGACAAGAUGUUCAUCUGGGUUUAUGAUGUGAUAAUUCUGUUAAACGCUAUAUUCAUUGCUUUGGAUGAGAAGAAUCAAUUGAUUUCCUAUGCCGAAUGGGUAUUCCUCUCUCUUUAUAUCAUUGAAAUUCUUCUGAAACUUUACACCUAUGAACCCAGGAUGUUUUUUGGAAGGACCCAGUUUUGGAAUUGGUUUGAUGCUUUGAUCAUCAUUGCUGCCCUGAUUGCCACAAUCGUCAAUACGACUAUUAAAUCAACUACUUACAACAGCCAGCAAAUCUUGGACAUCGUCUUUAUCUUGAGGGUUCUCCGGCUCAUCAGGAUCAUUGACAGCAUUCAGAGAUUCCGGGUCAUUGUGAAUAUCCUAAUUAAUAUUGUGCCUACCAUGCUGACCUUUGGAGGACUCGUUUUGGUGGUAUACUAUAUAUUUGCUAUCGUCGGCAUGGAGCUGUUCCGAGGCAAAAUCCAGUUCUUCGAUAGGAACAGCACCGCUCUUCAUGCCCUAGAAUGUGGGAACCCGGCCUUGAAAGGAUCAGUGUUCGCCAGAGACCGAUACUGUAAUAAUAACUUCAAUAACCUGGCCUCCUCGUUCAUCGUCCUGAUGGAGCUCACCGUGGUCAACCAGUGGCAUGUCAUCGCCGAAGGCUUUGCCCUGGUGACUCAUCAGGUUGCAAAGUUAUACUUCAUCGCCUUCCACAUUGUGGUGGUCAUCCUGAUUGUUAACAUUUUCAUUGCAUUCAUUUUGGAAGCUUUCUUUGUGGAGUAUUCGUUAGAAAAAAGUGAAGUUGAAACAUCAAUCGAGAAGAAAAUCCAAGAGCUUGGGGUCGGAAUCCAGGAAGAGGACAUGCCGGAUGGGAAGCUGAUAGACAACAUGGAAACCAAUGACAACAAUCUCGGUGAGACAGUUGAAACAAAAAAAACGUUGUCGAAAGGGCUGCUCUUCAGAAUUGCUUCAAAAAGGUACCGGACAGUCGAUGCACUGUUACAGCGGAUGUUUGAGUCCGAGAUCCCCCCGGAAGAUGAAGGCCCUUCUCUAGAUGAAAUCUUGAACUUUUCCCCUCAGGAUGUGUAUCCGAAAAACCCGACCUUCGACAGUGCUGCCUAAGGCCAAGGGGGCCCACCAUGGGGAAGCAACUGGAAAUAGGAGCUCUGUGUGUGUGUGUGUGUGUGUUUGUGUGAGUUUGGGUGUUGCCCUGCAGAAGGGUCGGAUUGUGUGUAACUUGGUUGAGUCUCAUUUGCCUUCUGGCUUUGGCUCACUGGAGAAGUAUUUACAAGCCACUAUUUUUCAAAAAAUCUGGAUCAAACUGGUUCUAUAAGGGUCGAAAUCAGACCACACUUCUUAUCCAGGGGAAGACCUUUAAACUGUGGAAAUCUGUUCUGUGCAAAGUUUGGAAAAUCAGUGGGGAGAUAUUUUUUUCUAAGGGACCUAGAGAAUCUCAUUUCACCGUGUACAUAAAACCCUAACCGUUUGUUUUUUUACUCUGAUCUGGGAUGCCAUUCCAUACCACUAAAUGCCAGGCUCAGUGGUCUCCCAAUGAAGUUGUUAAAAACUAUAUUAAGUAUAUAUAAUGGGAUAUUUUCUACUAUAGGAACUUUUAUACCCAUCGUUUAGCAUCCAUGAUGGAAACAGUGAUUGUGGAAAUAAAGUUAUGGAAAGAUUGCAUCGUGAU